AUGCGGCUAGCGUGCCUUUUAUCGCGAGUUUGCACCCUCAGAGAUGGUAACUGGGAGGCCAUUAACAUCACGCCUCGCCUUCUUCUUCAACUCCUGCGUACAGCGCCGGUGUGUCGGGAAGGAGAAGCUCUUCCGUGGAAACCAUUCAUUAUCCUAGCGCGUACUCCCCUAUCGGUGGCAGGCGUUGUCUCUUUUCAAUAUCUAUCUCUUUCGGCCAUACCCUGCGUAUCCGUGUUCUGCCAUACAUUGAUCCAUUCUUCGAUUCUUCGUUCCUUAGCUGCGGAGUCACUCUCGCGUCCCACUUAUCGUCUCCUGCCUUUCGCUUUCAAACCAGCGGCAGGCAGAUCUUCUGUACUUCUCUUUCCAAUGUCUUCUUGCUGGUUAGGAGAUUCCUCGGGCCAAUGCUUUCAUCGUAGCCGCCAAAGCGAAGGAUCGGAAGCGAAGGCUAUUGACCAUUUCUACGACCCCUUUCUUUUUGCCUCGUUAGCAGCCCUUCUUAGACCCGAAGUCGGGUUCAUAGACCCGAGCCAGUUCUUUCAUUCAAGCAAUACGGAUGAGAGAUUUCAACACCGGAUAUGA